CUCAAGUCCCUCCUGGGCUCAUUGAUUCCCCCCACACAACCACCACCCACCUUAACUUGGGUAGAAGAAAUAUGCAGGGCUGAAAAGAACCCCAGGAGAACUUUCUCUAAACCAUCACCUGCUCAACGCAGGAACAGGGGAUACAAUGGACAAACACGUCCUGGCAUGGCACGCAGACCUACACACUAG